AUUGGCUAUGCUGCGAAAUUAGAUCCGGAUGAAACAACCCUCAGAAUCCGAUAGAUGCUCUUGACAGCGUAUAGGAUACAGUACUCAUACAGAGGGGGGAGGCAUCGUCGGAAAUGACGCCGGGGCGAUAUGGUGGUCCCUAGGUAUGGCAAUCCCGCUAGUUGGACGCUCACCUAGGCGCCUACGUAAAGCAGGCCAGAAGGGAGAGAGGUCAGGGACGGAACAAGAGGCGCGCAAGAGAGCCCAGCUGGGACAAGCUUCGAGAUGGGGAGGAUGGAUCUGGCAGCAGACUAAACCUGCUCGUCUAUUUAUGGCCCGACCCCACGCACAACAUGCAUGCCACAGGUACCUACAUAAUAAGCCUUAUUCGUCGACAUCCCGCCGACCUACCGGGUCGCCAACGCCGCAAUGCCAGCCUUAGAGGGCUGGCGCAUCUAAAAAACGCCGCCCAACACCUCCGAUGCCACCAAGGGGGGAAGAGAGAGAGAGAGAGAGAGCAACAGAAUUCUACUUACUGCCCGAUUCCCGUCGCCUGCCUACCUAACCCACAUCGCACUUACGAGUUGCCACACCAGCCUUGCCUCGCUCUCUGCGUAGGGAAUACUACUGCCGGACAGCGUCGCCACCGCAUGCUCUUCCGCGGCGAGAACCUACCAGAACAAGGAGGCGCGCAGGACCGACUCGCGAAUCGACGGACGCCGGAACCAUGGCCGAGUAGCGGAAACCCGACGGAACCAGAGCCGUCCCCUCGCUUCGCUGCCAGGCAAGCACCCGCGAAUCCCGAGGUCCGCUGCUAUCGCCACCAGAGCCUCAUCGGCGAGAUGCGAAGGCGAAAGACAGAGAGAGUCGCACCAGUCAUGCCAGCAGGCGAGCACCGCGAGUCAGCCGUGGAGAAGGGAGGAUUAGCUGUAGGUAGGUAUACCAAGAGUACGUAGCAGGUACCACUACUACUACUACUACUACUACUACUACUACUACUACUACUACUACUACUACUACUACUACUACUACUACUACUACGUGGCAGGUAUAGGCACCGUGUGAAGACUGUAGGUAAUGAAGACGACAAUGAUUAAUAUCUGAUGGUGAUUUCGCAAGACUCGCGUUGGGAGGAAGA